AUGAAUCAAUCAAAGAAGGCUUCUUCAGCAUUAAAUCAAUUGAGAAAAGUUGCUUCAAGCAAUGACAAGUGUUUUUCCACUAGCUCCAAGUUGAACACUCACUAUAAUUCUAUCAAUCCAACUAACGGAAAGUUGACCAAACAAUUUGAAUGUCUUUCUGAUCAACAAUUGGAACAAGCUAUUCAAGAAAGUUGGAAGUCAUUCCAAGCUUGGAAUCCACAAUUAUACUCAGAAAAUCCAAAGGAAAUUGCUGAAUUAAUUCAAUGGCGUUCUCAAAUCAUGAAUCCACUUGCUGAUGCAUUCGAAGCUCACAAGGAAGAAUUAGCUAAAAUGAUGGCUUUGGAUAUGGGUAAACCAGUUGCUCAAGGUGUUGCUGAAGCUGAAAAGUGUGCAUCUCUCAUCAGAUAUUAUGUCAAGACUUCUGAAAGUGUUUUGCGUGAUAAGGUUGUUUUUGAUAAUGAAAAGAUGUUCAGUAGAGUUGUCUACCAACCACUUGGACCAGUUCUUCAAUGUGCCCCAUUCAAUUUCCCAUACUGGCAAGUUAUUAGAUUCUGUGUUCCUGCAAUGAUGGCUGGUAACACUGUUAUGAUUAGACACAAUCACCAAGUUCCCACUUGUGCUAAAUCAAUUCAAGAUUUAUUUGAAGAAGCUCUUGCUAAAGCUGGUGCUCCAUCUGAAUUGAACAAGAUUUAUCAAAAUGUCUUCCUUGAAAAUCAACAAGUUAGUACUACUAUUAGUCACAAUAAGAUUCGUGGUGUUGCAUUCACUGGUAGUACUCAAGUUGGUAAAAUUAUUGCCAGCCAAGCUGCUUCCAAUCUUAAGAAGCACGUUUUGGAAUUGGGAGGUGCUGAUGCUUUCAUUGUUCUUAAGGAUGCCGAUUUGGAACUUGCUGUCAAGAAUGCUGUUGUUUCAAGAAUUAACAAUUGUGGACAAACUUGUAUUGCUGCUAAGAGAUUAAUUGUUGAAAAGGAAGUUCUUCCACAAUUUGAAAAAAUGCUCGCUGAAAAGGUUAAGAGCUUAAAAUUGGGUGAUCCACUUGUUAGAGGUAAUGAUGUUGGUCCAAUGGCCAGAAAAGAUUUGAUGGACAAAUUGGAUGAUCAAGUUAAACUCUGUGUUAGUCAAGGUGCUAAGGUUUUGGCUGGUGGUUCUAAGGCUAGUUUGUCAGGUGAAUUGAGCAAUGGUUUCUUCUAUCAACCAACUGUUUUGUCAAAUGUUACAACUGAUAAUUUUGCAUUCCAUAAUGAACUCUUUGGACCAGUUUUCGUUGUUGUUGCUGCUGAAAAUGCUGAUCAUGCUGUUCAAUUGGCUAAUGAAAGCAUCUAUGGUCUUGGUGGUAGUGUUUAUAGUAAGGAUGUCAAGAAAGCUUCCAAGAUUGCUGAAAAACUUGAAUGUGGUAUGGCCUUUGUUAAUGGUGUUGUUAGAUCAAGCCCAGAAAUGCCAUUCGGUGGUGUUAAGGAAAGUGGUUAUGGUAGAGAAUGUGGUUCUGAAGGUAUUCUUGAAUGGUGUAAUGCCAAGACUAUGGUUGUUGACAAACAUUAA